AUGCAGCCCAUACCCGCAGGUUAUCCCGUAGAAAAGCUGUCUGGACCUUUGAUCGUCGCCUCUCUCUUGCACUGGGGACUGUUUGGGUCUCUUUCCGUGCAGCUGUAUCUGUACUAUCUCGCAUUUCCGAAGGAUAGACGAUUUACAAAAUGUCUUGUCUAUGGCGUUUACAUCAUCGAGUUUGUUCAAAUGGUGCUCGUCACCCACGAUGUCUUUGCAGUGUUCGGUUACGGUUUUGGUGACAUCGGAGCCCUGACUAGAAUAAAUUUUAAUUGGCUCACAGUCCCCGUCAUAAGCGGUGUCGUUGCUUACGUCGGACAAACCUUCUAUGCAUACCGAAUCUUUAUAUUGUCGAGGUCGCGAAUCAUCCCUAUAUUCAUCGCCUGUGUAUCCUUGACCAGCUCUGCGGCAGCUAUAAUUACAGGCGUCUACUCUUUUGAAGCAGGUAAUAUUAUUGAACUCGAUAAGAGGAAAAUAUUCAUCACGGUCGGGAUUUGGUGCGGGACCUCUGCCCUGUGUGAUAUUGUCAUCGCUAUCUGCAUGACUUACCACCUUAUGCGCAGAAAUACCGGUCUGCGUCAGACAUGA